GCAGAUCUCCCCAAAAUAUCAUAAAUUACAACAUAAUAAGUAAGAUGUUCCUUUUUACUGACCCAAUUCAAUUUUCACUUUCCUGGGCAUUUUCCAAAGUACUAUACAAAAUUUUCUUGGCAACAAGAAGGAAAUAAAUGUAUAAGAGUUUAUAUCAUGAAAGUAUAGAUCAAAGAAUUAAAUUCAAACAAACAAAAAAGAGUUUGGGCCUUACAUUAUGUGAUGUUAGUAAAAAUUAUACUCUAAAAAAUGGAGACUGACAUAGUGGGGGCAGUGGGAGCGUAUAAUAACACAUUGAGCCAGAUCCUCCUAGAAUUGUAAUCUUGUUGGACUGACCCAGAUCCUUGACAGCUGAGUUAUUGAAUUCAGAACCAUAUGGGACCUGUCCAUGAAAGUGUAUCAGAGGAAUGUCUAUGAGUCAGAAAACAUGAAUAUAAAUUUUGAGAGAGAUAAAAUGGCUAAUACAAUGGACUUUGUUGUUGCUUCCCUCCACAGAUUAGAAUGAGUAUCUCAGAAGCCAGUAAUAUCUCUGGGUCUGUGAGUGAGUUCAUCCUCCUGGGCUUCCCCUACCACAGAGAGAUCCAGAUCCUCCUCUUUGUGCUCUUCUCCCUCAUCUACCUCCUGACUCUCAUGGGGAAUUUGUCCAUCAUCUGUGCAGUGUGGUCAAGCAGGAAACUCCACACACCCAUGUACAUCCUCUUGGCCAACUUCUCCUUCCUGGAGAUCUGCUAUGUCAGUUCGGAUGUGCCCAAAUUGUUGGCCAACAUCAUCUCCCAGACUAAGAGCAUCUCCUAUGCUGGCUGCCUGCUCCAGUUCUACUUCUUCUUCUCCAUGUAUGCUGCAGAGGGCUACUUUCUGUCUGCAAUGUCCUUUGAUCGAUUUCUUGCUAUUUGUAGACCUUUGCACUAUCCCACUAUAAUGACCUAUCACCUAUGUGCUCAAUUAGUAGUCUUCUGUUGGAUAGGUGGCUUUUUAUCCAUACUGGUGCCGGCAAUUCUUAUGUCUCGGGUGCCCUUCUGUGGCCCUAACAUCAUUGACCACUUUUUCUGUGACCUUGGACCAUUACUGGCAUUUUCCUGUGCCCCAGUUCCCAAAACUACUCUGACUUGUGCCACUGUCAGCUCUCUCAUCAUCUUCCUCACCUUCCUCUACAUUCUUGGGUCCUACUCCUUGGUUUUAAGAGCUGUACUACGAGUUCCAGCUGGCUCAGGCAGGAACAAAGCUUUCUCUACCUGUGCCUCCCAUUUCCUAGUGGUGUCCCUAUUCUAUGGCUCAGUCAUGGUAAUGUUUGUGAGCCCAGGGUCCAGGAGUCAUCCUGGGACACAGAAAUUUGUGACCUUGUUUUACUGUAUGGCAACCCCAUUCUUUAAUCCUCUUAUCUAUAGCCUCUGGAACAAAGUUAUGAAAGAUGCACUAAAUAAAGUCCUAAGAGCACCAACAAAAGUAAUUACUAAAAAUAUAGAGAGAUGA